UUUUCACACGAGUUUUUGACCGCUGCUCUUUGGAGGUAGUAAUUCAUCAUAAACAGGGGUAAUGGAAUUGUGUUUUAGGAUGUGCACAUCGCAUUCGUCAUCAUAAGUAAAUGGCCUUGGGCACUUUGUUGGUACAGUUAAUAGAAGCCAAUCGGUGCACUAGCCUAUAUGGCUGUUUUGUAAUGUUACACUGUAUCGCACCUUGGAGUGGACGUGGAUAUUGCACUCAUAGUCACAAAACACGGCAUUGAGUAAGUGGGAUACCAUGUUGAGGCUUAUCACAAGAUCCCUGUGCUUCCACUGCCAGCGGGGUCACAUUGGCCUACUUCCUCCUCCUGCACCUCCUCCUCACUUCAGCCUCCCACCUCCUCCUCCUCCUCCUUCAGUUUUGAUGGUGGCCGCCAGGCCCUGCUCCAGCCUCACGCAGAAGGAGAACCAGCAGACUGUGGAUGCCCUGUAUAACCUCUCAGUGGACAUCCGCAAGGUGCGCAAGCUGAAGGGCUGGGUGCUCCACCAGAGCCCGGCGUACGUGAGCGAGGCCGAGAGCCUGCUGCGCGGCCUGGGUGCGGACGGGCCCGUCAUUGCCCGUAUCCUGGAGGAGCACCCCGAGGCCGUGCUGUGCAGCCCCGAGCAGAUGAGCGCCCAGCGGGAGCUGUGGGGCUCGGUGUGCCCCAACAACCGCGACCUGGUGGCCAUCAUCGAGAAGUUCCCCGCCUCCUUCUUCACCUCGGCCUGCAGCCACGGCAACCAGCGCGACAACAUCCUCUACUUCCAGAGCCUGCGCCUCAACAAGCGCAUCAUCAGCAAGCUGAUGGCCAGCGCGCCCCAGAGCUUCAGCCAGCCCGUGGAGCAUAACCGGCACAUGGUGCGCACGCUGCAGGAGGCCUACCUCGACCUGGGCGGCCAGGAGGACAACAUGAAGAUCUGGCUGCAGAAGCUGCUCAGCCAGAACCCGUACGUGCUGCUCAAGCCCCCGGAGGCCCUGCGCGAAAACCUGGACUUCUUGCGCGACCAGGGCUUCAGCAGCGCCCAGCUCCUCCGGCUCUUGGCCAAGCUCAGGGGCUUUGUGAGCGAGCUCAGCCCAGAGGGCAUGCAGCGCACGCUGGGCUUCUCGCGCGAGGCGCUGGGCUGCAGCCAGGAGGAGCUGCUGGAGAUCGUGCUCAAGUGCCAGGCGCUGCUCUACUACCCCGUGCCCGUGCUGAGCGACCGGCUGAGGGGCCUGCUGACGGUGGGCAUCAGCCUGGAGCAGAUCGUGGAGACGCCCACGGUGCUGGAGCUCACCACGCAGAUCGUGACCUACCGCAUACAGAGGCUGAGGGCGUACGGGUAUGACGUGAGGACUGGCAGCCUGGACGCCCUGAAUGGCACCAAGAAGGACUUCGAGGCCACCUACGGCAGGCUGCAGCUCAGGAGGGAGAGGCCUCUCUUCAACCCUGUGGCUCCUCUCAAGGCAGACUGAAGGAGGGGUGGGGCAAGCGGUAGGGCACUGCACUGCUCCAGCGACGACCCGGGUUCGAAUCUGGCCCGGGUCCUUUGCCGACCCUUCCCCUUCUCUAUGUCCACACUUGCUUCCUGUCCAUCUCGACUGUCGUAUCACAAAAAUAAAGGCUCAAAAAGGCCCAAAAAUACAUACAAUAAAAAAGGCAGACUGAAGGAUAGUGAGAGAAAGAGGAGCGUGGUGAAUAUACCGUAAUUAUCACAACUUGAAAGUGCAAUUCUUGUUUUUUUUUCUGUGUUAUAAAACGAGCCAAUGUGGACAAAUGCAAUCAAAGGUUGUAAAAAGAGAAGAGAGGGGUGAAGUGCAGUCCUUUUGAUUUUACACGACAUUACACUACCAUUCACUUUUACCUCAGAGUCAACCUAAGGGGAGCCCAGGGAACAGCGCUUUCAAUUUAAUUACAGAGCAAGUGUUACAUUAGCCUGGUUAUCGAGGGAGUGAGAUAUAGUCUGGGAACCAUCUCUUUAUUUCCUUGUAAGGGGGGAUAGAUGUAAACUUUCAAGUACUAUCUAAAGCUUGAUGGAAAACUGUUUUUUGUGUCUGGUGUAAGGGCACACGUGGUCACGUGCCAUUAAAUAUUUGGGAGCAUAGAACAGUGUUGCAGACAUGUAUUAUUUCCUUGAACUUAUCUUGUUUGGUGCAGCACCUGUGUCACUAAUGUGUGCCGCAUUCUCCACUUUCUUUGUGUCCGGUGUCAUCAUGGUGGAGCUGUGAACAAACUACAAGCUUCUGUUUGUCUAAUAAUACAUCUUACCCACCCCCUCCCCGUUCUGAUGUUAAAUUCCCAAACUCAGGCCAAGAUUUCAGCAAGGGUUUCCAUGCUGUCCUUCAGACCGGAAUGAGAACAUAAGGCACCAUGGGAAUUCCCAGGCUAAUGUUACAUUGCUCUAGUCUCAGACAUGGUAGAAUGUUACAUUGUACUGGGCAGACAGCAGUAGCACACUGCUCCAUUCUUUGAGCAAGGGCAAAUUAUCACUUUUAACUGUUGACACAGUUGCCAAUGGCGUUGGUGAGGGCAGUGUGACAUUUUCUUAGAAACAUUAAUUUAUUUUUUUAAGGUCACAGUAAUUUAUUGUUAUGGUGAGGUUUUAAGGACCUUUUUUUAAACUUGAAUCUUUAUUUAAUUAAAAAAAGAGCAUGUUAAAACAA